UGAAUGGAGAUCGUGCCUCUGGACGCUAGACCCGGGCGAUGCGUGAGCGGGGGCCGAGACAGCGGAAGCAUUGGUUGGGGCGGCGUCGGCGGCCUCAAACGCGGCGCUUUGAUGUUCAGACGGUCUGUCGCCAGCCUCGCUGACUGCUGGGCGUGCCUCCUCGACAAUUUUAUUGGAGGUACUAUAUUCGGGGACAUCUUGCUUGGGAUGGGCGUAUACAGGCCCAUCAUCGUGCAGACCGUCAGCUUCAGGCUCGCUCUGUAUGGGCUUUGGUUCGUCGUCGUCCUGGGUGCUGUCGCGUUCAGGCUCUGGCUCGGCGUUUGGAAUCACUGCAGGUUGUGGUUGGUUGAUUCCAGCCUCGUUGUGGUUAUGCUUGGCUUCGACUUGAGGGCCGCUGUGAGCGUCAGGCGCAUCGGAGGCAUUGUUGUGUGUGCCAGGAUGGUCUUCUUUCGCGAGUGUCUGAGCUGUCGCUGUCGUUGCUGCCUUGGAUGCAGACUCGGCCUGGAUGACGGGCGGAGCGGAAGGGCCGUCGUGUUUCGGGACCUCACUGGAUUCCUCCAUUUCUGAAGCGUAGAGCUCGACCGGAGAGGAUUGUAGCAAGCGAGAGAUGCAGAGCGGAAAGGCGCCGAGGACUCUUCCGCCUGCCAGGAAGGACGGUGACGAGGCGGGAAGCUUCUGCCGAGCACCCAGCUGCUGAUUGGUGAUGCGGCUCGCACUUGUGGGAACUCGGCUGUUUGCAACAGGCGAUCCAAUACAGCCAAUCCAACAAAAAGCGUGACACCCUUGAUUUUGACCAUUGAUCAAAUGUUUUGUUACCCAAUGUUAUCGUGCGCUGGCCAUGGCCAUUCCGUGAUGCGGUG